CCACGCGUGCGGUUUGCUUGCUCGCCAGCCCUUCGCUGGGUCCCCCGGAGCAGUCUUCUGAAGGGAUCGUUGCAUCCCUGGGAGCCACCACCACCGCCCUCUUUUAGAUUUUUCACUGAACCACGUUGCCCGGGCGGCCGGGGUGGGGAGGCAGGUAGGGCUCCCGGAGUCUCCCCCCUCCCCCCGGACAAUGUAACCAGAGCUUCCCGGGGUGUAGCAAACUCUGUCUCCGACGGGGGGCCGCCCUCCACCCGGAUGGUGGUGGGAUUCGUGGGGGGACCGGUCCAGGGGCCCCUCGGUUUGCCAAUUAGCCGAAGAUGGCGUUUUAUUACCAGGGAGGUUGCUUUCUUUUGUUUCCUCUGCCACGAGCACAUGGAGGUAAACCUAGACCUGUCACUGUGUCCCAAAAAAAGACCUGGGGAGUGAGAGAGCUGGAGGCGAGGGCAGGACCCGGCGUUGCCCGGGGAUCGGCCGGCCGGGGGUCUGCUGACCGGAGGCCGAGCAAACUUUGGAGACCCCGCCUAAGAAGCUCACCUUUAGGGUCUAAUAAAAGCGAAGGCAGUUGUCAGGGUGGGCUGGGUGAAUGUGGAGACCGCGAGGAGGCUGCACCGCGGCGUUUGAAACCUCACCGAGCACCGAACGCCCGGUGCACCGAGCCCGUUGGGAAAAGGCAGGCUCCGACUGGAUUUCUCCGUCCACGUUUACCCGCUUGCAGAUCCCCAGAAAAGGGGAACUGCAUUUCCGUGGGAGUUUGGCAUUAGGGAAAAGCGAUUUCUAGCUACUGACUUUUUUGAGUAACCUGUUUACUCCUAGAGAGUACAUUAAGAAUGGAGCAAAGCCGGGACCAUUUACUUCUGUGCUGCUAUUUGUAGUAACUUCCUUAAUUGCAAGAUGAGGUGGCGGGAAUAGGAUUUUAUUUCUGCCAGUGAUGUGAGGGAAAGGGCUCAUCUGUAAAUUUUGAUUUUUCAGUCGUUCAGAAAAAUGGUUCAGUGCUGUGCGCUCUCACCCAUCCCCAUUAAAAUAUAUGUUUGAGAACUAGUCGAUUUCGCCCUUUUCGUGUGAUUAUUCCUUAUCAAAGCAUUGCUGACAUUUUUCAGGCGUCGGAUAAAUUUGCUCUCAAUUUUUUCUGCAUUUGAAACUUUCACAAAUGAACCCUGGCUAAAAGAAAUCAUUGCACAUCCCUUUUGAGGGUAUUAUCACAGUAGCGCUAUGUUAAUGUUUUUCUAAAUGUUUACCUCACCCAGAAACCUGUCUUAUGAAAUUGGAGAUUACAUGUGGCACAGAGCAAAAGAGGUUGUACAUAUCAAGAAUCUUGAAAUCUGUAAGAAUUGACUUGUACUGGAUGCUUUGCCAAAGCAAGUAACUAAAAUUGGUUUCUCACAUUUAGCCUGAGAAGGUAAAAAAGCAUUGUACUUCAUAGUUCUAUUUCACAUAGAUUCUUGUGAUCCCGGAGUGUUGUUUGGGGCUGACGAAAAGGGAAAGGUGACAAAUAGAGCUAAUUGUAAUAAUUGGAGAAGGAUAAUCUUUUCCCAGGGCACCCGAAUAGUCGAAAGCAACUGGACUCUGGUUCAUGAUGAAUUAUCUUAAAAUUGAGAUGCUGACAUCCCCAGUUCUUUUUUUAAGGAUUUGAGCAUUUGAGAGCAUACUACCCCAGUGUUGCUCUUAAAGCCCCCUUGGCUUUUCUUUCGCCGAGUGUGAUCUGCAUCGUUGGGAGUCUGGUCUUUAAGCAGGGCUGGCCCAGGAGGCGAGGGCAUGCAGUAGAAUUUGCAGCAGUUGCGAGGAGCCGGCCUGCAGGUUUGAGGCCAGUACUUUGCAUCCCCGACCAAGAUCUCUGCAGAGAAUCACUUAACGCUCACACUGAAAUGAGCUUUGACCUCGUUGUUCGCCUGAAAUACCCGACUGCUCACAUUUUCCUGCGCAACCAUGACUAUGUGUGCUGGAGAAGAGAAAAGAGUUGGUACGCGCACAGUGUUUGUUGGCAAUCAUCCAGUUUCAGAAACAGAAGCUUACAUUGCACAAAGAUUUUGUGAUAAUAGAAUAGUCUCAUCCAAGUAUACACUUUGGAAUUUCCUCCCAAAGAAUCUGUUUGAACAGUUUAGAAGAAUUGCAAAUUUUUAUUUUCUCAUCAUUUUCCUUGUGCAGGUCACAGUGGACACACCGACUAGCCCGGUUACCAGUGGACUCCCACUCUUCUUUGUUAUAACUGUUACAGCCAUCAAGCAGGGAUAUGAGGAUUGGCUAAGACACAGAGCUGACAAUGAAGUCAACAAGAGCACUGUUUACAUUAUUGAGAAUGCAAAACGAGUGAGAAAAGAGAGUGAAAAAAUCAAGGUCGGUGAUGUAGUAGAAGUACAGGCAGAUGAAACCUUCCCCUGUGAUCUCAUUCUUCUGUCAUCCUGCACUGGCGACGGAACCUGUUACGUGACUACAGCCAGUCUUGAUGGGGAAUCCAACUGCAAAACACAUUAUGCGGUACGGGACACCAUUGCACUAUGUACAGCUGAGUCCAUUGAUACCCUCCGAGCAGCAAUUGAAUGUGAGCAGCCGCAGCCGGACCUCUACAAGUUUGUUGGGCGAAUCAAUAUCUAUAGUAAUAGUCUUGAGGCGGUUGCCAGGUCUCUGGGACCUGAGAAUCUCUUGUUGAAAGGAGCUACACUAAAAAAUACCAAGAAGAUAUAUGGAGUUGCUGUUUACACUGGGAUGGAAACCAAAAUGGCUUUGAACUACCAAGGGAAAUCUCAGAAGCGUUCUGCUGUUGAAAAAUCCAUUAAUGCCUUCCUGAUUGUGUAUUUAUUUCUGUUACUGACCAAAGCUGCAGUAUGCACUACUCUAAAGUACGUUUGGCAAAGUACGCCAUAUAACGAUGAACCUUGGUACAACCAAAAGACUCAGAAAGAGCGGGAAUCCUUAAAGGUUUUGAAGAUGUUCACUGACUUCCUGUCAUUUAUGGUUCUGUUCAACUUUAUCAUACCUGUAUCCAUGUAUGUCACGGUAGAAAUGCAGAAAUUCUUGGGCUCUUUCUUCAUUUCAUGGGAUAAGGACUUUUAUGAUGAAGAAAUUAAUGAAGGAGCCCUGGUUAACACAUCAGACCUUAAUGAAGAACUUGGUCAGGUGGACUAUAUAUUCACAGACAAGACUGGAACGCUCACUGAAAAUAGCAUGGAAUUCAUUGAGUGCUGCAUAGAUGGACACAAAUACAAAGGUGCAGCGCAGGACACUGAUGGUCUCUCACAGACUGAUGGACCCUUAACGUAUUUUGACAAAGCAGAUAAGAACCGAGAAGAGCUCUUUCUGCGUGCCUUGUGCUUAUGUCACACUGUAGAAGUUAAAACAAAUGAUACUGUUGAUGGGCCUACGGAAUCAGCUGCGUUAACGUACAUGUCCUCCUCACCAGAUGAGAUUGCUUUGGUGAAAGGAGCUAAAAAGUAUGGGUUCACAUUUGUAGGAAUUCGGAAUGGCCAUAUGAGAGUAGAGAACCAAAGAAAAGAAAUAGAAGAGUAUGAACUUCUUCACACCUUAAACUUUGAUGCUGUCCGUCGUCGUAUGAGUGUCAUUGUGAAGACUCAAGCAGGAGACAUCCUUCUCUUUUGUAAAGGAGCAGACUCAGCGGUCUUCCCCAGGGUACAGAAUCAUGAAAUUGAGUUAACGAAAGCCCAUGUGGAACGUAAUGCCAUGGACGGAUAUCGGACACUUUGUGUAGCCUUCAAAGAAAUCACUCCAGAUGAUUAUGAAAGAAUUAACAGACAGCUCAUAGAGGCAAAAAUGGCCCUACAAGACAGAGAAGAAAAAAUGGAAAAAGUUUUUGAUGAUAUUGAAACAAACAUGAAUUUAAUUGGAGCCACUGCAGUGGAAGACAAGCUGCAAGAUGAAGCAGCUGAGACCAUCGAAGCUCUGCACUCGGCCGGUCUGAAAGUCUGGGUGCUCACCGGCGACAAGAUGGAGACGGCCAAGUCCACCUGUUACGCGUGCCGCCUCUUCCAGACCAGCACGGAGCUCUUGGAACUGACCACCAAAACCAUCGAAGAAAGUGAAAGGAAAGAAGAUCGGUUACAUGAAUUGUUGAUAGAAUAUCGUAAGAAGUUGCUGCAUGAUUUUCCUAAAAGUACUAGAAGCCUUAAAAAAGCAUGGACAGAACAUCAGGAAUAUGGAUUAAUCAUCGAUGGCUCCACGUUGUCCCUCAUACUAAAUUCUAGUCAAGACUCCAGUUCUAACAAUUACAAAAGCAUUUUCUUGCAGAUCUGCAUGAAGUGCACUGCUGUGCUCUGCUGCCGGAUGGCGCCAUUACAGAAAGCCCAGAUUGUGAGAAUGGUGAAGAACCUAAAAGGCAGCCCAAUAACAUUGUCGAUAGGCGACGGUGCCAAUGAUGUUAGUAUGAUCUUGGAAUCCCAUGUGGGAAUAGGUAUUAAAGGCAAAGAAGGUCGCCAAGCAGCCAGGAAUAGCGAUUAUGCUGUUCCGAAGUUUAAACAUUUAAAGAAACUGCUCUUGGCUCACGGACACCUGUAUUAUGUGAGAAUAGCACACCUUGUACAGUAUUUCUUCUAUAAGAACCUUUGUUUCAUUUUGCCACAAUUUUUGUACCAGUUCUUCUGUGGAUUCUCACAACAGCCACUGUAUGAUGCCGCUUACCUUACGAUGUACAACAUCUGCUUUACAUCCUUACCCAUCCUGGCCUACAGUUUACUGGAACAGCACAUCAACAUUGACACUCUGACCUCAGAUCCCCGAUUGUAUAUGAAAAUUUCUGGCAAUGCCAUGCUACAGCUGGGACCCUUCUUAUACUGGACGUUUCUAGCUGCAUUUGAAGGGACAGUGUUCUUCUUUGGGACUUACUUUCUUUUUCAGACUUCAUCCCUGGAAGAAAAUGCAAAGGUAUAUGGAAACUGGACUUUUGGAACCAUUGUUUUUACAGUCUUAGUAUUCACUGUAACUCUGAAGCUCGCCUUGGAUACUCGUUUCUGGACAUGGAUAAAUCACUUUGUGAUUUGGGGCUCUUUAGCCUUCUAUGUAUUUUUCUCAUUCUUCUGGGGAGGAAUUAUUUGGCCUUUUCUCAAACAACAGAGAAUGUAUUUCGUAUUUGCUCAAAUGCUGUCUUCUGUAUCUACAUGGUUGGCCAUAGUUCUUCUCAUAUUUAUCAGCCUUUUCCCUGAGAUUCUCCUGAUAGUAUUAAAGAAUGUAAGAAGAAGAAGUGCCAGGAGAAAUCUGAGCUGUAAAAGGGCAUCUGACUCAUUAUCCACCAGACCUUCAGUCAGACCUCUUCUUUUACGAACAUUCUCAGACGAAUCUAAUAUAUUGUAACAGAAUCCGAAUCUUGAGCUGCCUAUGUUAUUGUCCUACAAGCAUAUUGACAGUGGUUACAGCUAAAAAAGAAAGCAGGAAGAAACAACUACAAAAAGUUAUCAUCUCAGGAUACUCAAUAUGCAACAAAUUAAACCACUCUCUUAUGUCUAGGGUUCAGAAUCAAUGUCCAUUAAAAUACCAAAUGACUCUCUUAAGCAUUUACAGUUAUUGUUAAGUAGCCGUUAUGGCCAAAGCUCUAAGUUAAGAAUCAUGUGAAAGUUGAAAGCACGAAUAAUUAGAAUAUCUGGCUUUAGAUAGAGUAACAUAACUACCAAGUGGGUGCUCCUUUAACCCAUGAACUCUGUGAAUGGAUCUGAACAUAAUAGUAUAAAGUAGAAGUCAUACAACGGGAAUGAAUAGACUUUGCUAAUCUUACUUUUUUUGCCUGGCAGAAGAAAUAGGCUGUUUGGAUCACAUUUCUUGUUCCUGCUGAAUGAUGAUCUUAAAUUAUUUUUUCAAACACAUGAAAGGAAUACUUGAACAUACGAGAAGACUAAAUGGUAUCAGUGCAUCAGAAUAGUCAACCUUUGUGUUCACCACGUGCUCAUUUUGUCUCCAUAGAAUAUCCUUGCCCCCCCUCCCCCCGCAGAAAAAACCUUGAACCCUUACAUGAAAGAAUGUUCAUCCUGGAUAUUUUUGUGAGAAUCCAAAAAAUUGCUUAUUUUAUUUUUGUUCUUCUGAAUUAAAUCCUAUUUAAUGGGUGUGUGGCUACUAGACUGGAAAAUAAGACCUUUCCAGUCGCUUAGUAAGUAGCCCGUCCAGGCACUUAAGAGGUAACCGAUUUUUCCAGUAUCGGUUUUACUGGGAUCUGAGGUGAGAUAGGCAAAACCAUAAUUACAUUUUAAAAAGCCAUCUGAACAUCAGUCUUUUAUAAUUUUUUGUGGAGGGGGGGAAAUAUCUUAUUUCAAAUUGUUAAUGGUUAUUUUUUGAAAGAGACCACCUUUGUGCAUAUAUGCAGCACUUUUUUUUCUGUAACUUGCCAGUUUGGGAAAGAGGGAUCCAUCCCAGGAUGGUGGUGAUUCAGCCUACAGAGCCGUGACCCUGAACAUGAAUGUUUUCUCUCUCAGUGAACAUGCUUCGGUGAUGGUUUAAGUUUAAACCGUGAGAGUCACCUUGGUAAAGUCCUCAACUUCCUGGAGUAGAGCAAGGCUUUAGCCUCCUAAUGAGUUCACUUAAAACG